AAAACGGUUUAGUCGAGUCGAUCCGUUUUAUUGGAUUUUGCUGGUCGAGUAGGCUUCCCCCACCACUAACUAGCCUUCGGGACAGACCUGUCCAGACGCAUUUCUUUAGUCAAGGGAUAUAUCGACUAAACUCUAGUGUCCAUACACUAAACUACUCGCCACUCGACUAAACUACUAGCCGUGUCUGAAUCAGCACGGGUGUGGCUCCUGAUGUUGGCGGAGCUUGGCACAUGGGAGAUCAAAGGUCAGACCCACCCCCGAAAUAGGGGCGGGGGGGUUCCGGUGUGUUCGUCAGAGGUCCCGGGACCCUCCCUAUAGCCCCAGUGCAGGCCACCGUGGUGGUUUUAGUGGGUAAAUGUCCCACAACUACCUCCCCAGGGGGGCUGGAGGUGCCUUUCUGAAGAUUUCCACCACGUAAAAAAAAAAAGGUUGUAAAACAUGCCGAUAUACAGAAACAAAUUCAAACCCGCUUGAAAACAAAGGCAUGUGUAAAGUACUUUUGUUGGAUUUGUAGUUAUUGGCAUCGAGUAUAGUGGGUUUGCCUAAAAAAAAUGGUGAUGUCCCAGGUUCUACACAUAAUUAAAUAUUACACAGUAGAAAAUAGGUUUCCUACUAUUACACACAGUUUCAAGUGAGAACUUGACAGAGGACGUGUUUAGCGUGUUCAGUUGGGAUCAUUCAAAUUGUAGUGUAUUCCUGGUUUGUUUGCGGAUUUUAAGGAACAAAAAAGAUGUCUGAAUUACUUCAUGAUAUGGCCUAUCGCGGUAAAACCGUAGAUAUUAAAAAUCGUCUAAGCGAAAACGAAAAAUUAAAGCUAUCAAAAGAUAGUAAUGAUCGAAUGUUAAUACAUUGGGCAGCACUCGGGGGCCAUGACGAUUUGGUUCGAUUUUUGUUAUCUCUCGAUGUGCCUGUAGAUCCCACUGAUGAUAUGGAUAUGACACCAUUAAUUUUGGCAGCAUCAGCAGGUCGUGAAAAAGUUGUCAGAACGUUAUUAACCGAAGGAGCAAAUGUUAAUGCUACCACACAGGAAGGCCAUUCUGCUUUACAAUAUGCUGCAUCAAAAAACUGGAAGUCUAUUUGCGUCUCAUUACUAGAAAAAGAUGUGAACGUUAAUAUUACAGACAAACGUGGAGCUACACCGUUACAUAGAGCAGCAUCAAAAGGAAACAGUGUCAUUGUGAAACUUCUCCUAGAAUAUGGGAAGAAUGUAGACAUAGAUAGUAAAGAUGCUGAUGGUAAUGCCCCGCUACAUUUAGCAUGCGAGGAAAAUCGUGAUGAUGCAGCUAAGAUUCUGGCACAAUAUGGUGCCAAUAUAUUACUGCCGAAUAAAGAGAAGAAAACUCCAUUAGAUCUUGCAAGUCCAGGAUUGGCAACUAAAUUAAAAGAGAUAAAAGAACAGUUAUCAGAAAAAGUGGAAUAAAUUAUCAACAUUAUUGGUUCAGUGUUGUUCAAUCUUUGCUUUUUUUUUGAUAUUACAAUUAUCUUUUUUCCACCAUGCUAUAUGUAUAUUGAAUAUAAGUAAUAAUAGCAAUAAAUUAAAACAUACAAGUAUAA